AAUUUUUAAUUGUUGUUAAGCGAUCGAGUGCUAUUAACAAUUCUUCCAAUAUAUUUUUUGAAUAGGUUUUUACUUUUGUGUAGAGUUAUUUCUAGUGCUAGAAAAAUAAUUUAACUAAAGGAAUUUAAAAUAAUUUUGUUAUAAUUUGAGAUAUUUCUUAAUUAACAAAAAAUAAAAAUGGUGUUGAGUUCUGAAAAUGAUAUUCCGCGUCCGGACUUAUCGAGACCGCAGUACUAUCGUUCGCAUCCCUCAUCCAAAGGAGAUGAAAUUGUUAUCAGUGGAAUGUCGGGUCAAUUUCCGAAAUCUGAUAAUAUCGGUGAAUACAGACAAAAUUUGUAUGAUAAAGUUGAUAUGCUUGAAGAGGCCGAAAAACGUUGGAAACAUAUUGAUCCGGAAAUUCCAAAAAGAUGUGGUCGAAUUAAUCGUAUAGAUAAAUUCGAUGCAACAUUUUUUGGUGUUCAUCAUAUGCAGGCUAAUACUAUGGACCCGCAGUGCCGUUUGAUACUUGAAGAAGCUUACAUGGCUGUCAUGGACGCUGGAAUCAACCCAAAUUCAAUUCGAGGCACACGAACCGGUGUCUACAUUGCUUCUUGUUUCUCAGAAUCUGAGAAAAAUGUAAUGAAUGAUCCUGCAUCACAGGGUGCCUUUGCUAUGACCGGUUGCAGCCGAGCAAUGUACGCAAAUAGGAUCUCCUACAGUUUAGGUUUGCAUGGGCCAUCUUUAUACUUAGACACAGCAUGUUCGAGUUCGAUGUAUGGUCUUGAUGUUGCAUAUGCUGCACUCAGAAGUGGAGAAAUUGAUGCAGCUAUAGUUGGUGGCACCAACUUAAUUCUGCAUCCUAAUGCAACAAUACAUUUUGCUCGUCUAGGAGUACUCUCCCACGGUGGUAAUUGUUCGCCAUUCGAUCAGAAAGCUAAUGGAUAUGUUCGCUCUGAAGGUGUUGCUGCAAUUUUCUUGCAAAGACGUCGAGAUGCUUGUCGAAUUUAUGGAACCCUGGUUCAUAGUAAGACAAAUUGUGAUGGUUACAAGGCCGAAGGCAUAACAUAUCCUUCGGGCAAAAUCCAGGAAAAACUUUUGCGAGAAUUUUACAAUGACAUUAGAAUACCAGCUGAUGAAAUUGGCUACAUGGAGGCACAUAGUACGGGAACCGUUGUUGGAGAUCCAGAAGAGUGUCUUGCAAUUGACAAUGCCAUCUGCAAACAACGUACAGAACCUUUGCUAAUUGGUUCCGUCAAAUCGAACAUUGGUCAUACGGAACCAACUUCUGGUAUUUGUUCAAUUGUAAAAGUUAUGUUUGCUUUUCAAUCUGGAAUGAUUCCACCAAACAUACAUUUUGAUGAACCUAGAAAAGAGAUUGAAGCACUUCAAGAGGGUCGCAUGAUUGUCGUUAAUGAGGCUAUGGAAUUGAAGAAGCCGUAUGUGGGUGUGAAUUCAUUUGGUUUUGGUGGGGCAAAUGCUCAUAUUUUAUUAAAACAACAUGAAAAGAAGAAAAUACAAGGAGGAAUUCCAGAGAAAAGUCUUCCAACAUUAUUCUUAUGGUCAGGACGGACCAAAGAGGCGGUGGAUAAAGUAUUUAAUAAGUUAGAAAGUAAACCACUUGAUGCUGAAUACAUUGCAUUAUUGCACAAUGUUCAGAAUGGUGGAAUUCCUGGAAUGGUUUUCAGGGGAUUUAACUUAAUGCAAGGUAAUGGUAUGAAGUUGCCAUUCUCUUAUGCAAAGGAAAUUGAGCAUUUUACUGGAGUUAAAAGGCCCAUCGUUUGGGUAUUCAGCGGAAUGGGUUCGCAAUGGUCUGGAAUGGGUGCAGCUUUGAUGGCAAUUCCCCAGUUCCAGCAGUCAAUUCAGCGCUGCUAUAAUGCUCUCAAACCAGCCGGUGUGGAUCUAAUCAAGAUUCUAACAGCAGAUGAUCCCAAUAUGUUUGAUAACAUUUUACACUCGUUCGUUGGUAUAGCAGCAACUCAAAUUGCUUUGGUGGAUAUUCUUAAAUCAUUUGGCAUGGAGCCAGAUUAUAUAAUUGGUCAUUCUGUGGGUGAAUUGGGUUGUGCUUAUGCUGAUGGUUGCUUUACAGCUGAACAGAUGAUUUUGGCUGCAUAUUAUAGAGGCAAAGUGAGUGUUGAGAAAAAAAUGAUAAAAGGUUCAAUGGCAGCAAUUGGUCUAUCAUAUAGCGAAAUUCGAGGAAUGCUUCCCGAAUCAAUUGAAGUUGCUUGCCACAACAGUGCUCAAUCUUGUACAAUUUCCGGUCCAUGUGAUGAUGUUAAAGCAUUUGUGGAACAGCUUAAAGCUCAGAAUAUUUUUGCUAGGGAAGUUGCAUGCUCAAAUAUUGCUUACCAUUCACGACACAUUGCUCAUUUGGCUGCUGAUCUUACUAAAUAUUUGAAGCAUAUUGUUCCUAAUCCUAAAAAACGCUCUCAUAAAUGGCUAAGUACAAGUGUUCCACAAAAACAUUGGUCACGUCCCGAAUCCCAGAUGUCUUCUGCUGAAUACCAUACAAACAAUGUUUUGGGUUAUGUGCUGUUCGAAGAAACAUCAGCACUACUUCCCCAAAAUGCACUUACAAUUGAGAUUGCCCCACAUGGGUUGUUGCAGUCAAUUUUAAAGGGUGCCCUUCCGAAUGGAGUUCAUGUGAGUUUGACUCAGAGAAACAACAAGGACAAUCAUUUGUACUUUUUAACUGCCUUGGGAAAAUUGCAUACCCAAGGAUUGAAUGUACCUGUACAAAGUUUGUACCCGAAGUUAGAAUGGCCAGUGUCAUGUGGAACCGAUACAAUAAGUGAUAUUAUUGAAUGGGAUCAUCGUGAUGACUGGGAGGUAUACAGUUACAAUAAAAUGAUUUCGAAAAAAAGUGGCGAAAAGAUUUUCAUUAUAACAAUGAAAUCAGAGGAAUUUAAAUACUUGGAAGGGCAUAAUAUCGAUGGAAAGAUAUUAGUUCCAGCUACAUAUUAUUUGGAGUGUGUGUGGAAGACAUUCGCAUUGAUGAAUCAUGAAUCAUUAUCGCCUUUUGAGAGGGCAGUUGAAUUUGAGAAUGUUAGAUUUGUUAGAGCUACAACUUUAACUGAAGACAGUAAGGUGGAGCUUACUGUAAUGAUACACUAUGCAACCGGAGAUUUCGAGAUCAUUGAAGGUGAAAGCUUGGUUGCCUCCGGAACAGUUCGAGAAAUCAAAGAUGCUAAAACUCCCACCGAAAUACCCUUUCAACCAUUCGAUACCACUUAUGAAGAAGAAUUCCACAUGACCGCAAAAGAUCUCUACAAAGAACUUAAACUUCGUGGCUACUAUUAUAAUGGAGCUUUUAGGGCUAUCGAAACCGUUCGUGGCGAUGGGCAUGUUGCUCGCCUCAAAUGGACCGGAAAUUGGGUAACAUUCAUGGAUUGCUUGCUGCAAACACAGAUUUUAAGAAAAGACUCUCGUGAGCUAUGUGUUCCAGUUAAAAUUCAAAAAAUUAGAAUUUUCGGACGUCAUCAUUUGAGUGUGAUUGGUAAUAAGAAAUACAUUGAUGUUUAUUCAUCAAAUAUCGAUCGACGAAUUGUUGGCGGAGGUGUUGAAAUUGUGGGCAUGGAAGAAAGUAAUGUGCAACGUAAGAAAACACCCGGUCUACCCGUUCUCGAAAGGUAUACCUUUGUUCCACAUUUUCCAUCGCCUGUGUUGGGUCCCGAAGAUAUGGGUAGACUUUUUAUACAGCUCGCAUUGGAAAAUGUUGCUUUGUCUAAAUUGAAAAUUGUUGAAGUUAUCCCAUUGGCAACACAGAAUCCAUUGAUUGAACACUUUAUGAAUGCCGUUGAAGAUCUACCAUUGAUUACUGGAGACUACAUCGUUUUGAGUUCCAACAACUUUGAGAAUCUACCAUCAGAUGUUGAAGUGGAAAGUGGUUCCAUUUCGAAUUAUUUAGAUUGCAAUUUUAUAAUUGAUCAAACUGGUGGUGAUAUUUUGAAUCAUUCAAAAAGUUUAACCGAGACCUCCUUUGUAGUUCUUGUGGUAAGUUCAAAUAAAGCACCUAAAAUACCUGAUGAACUAUCAACAUUGGCAAUAAGUCCAUUGACAACAAGCGGUUUGAAAUGUAUGCUUUUGCGCAAAAAAGUAAAAGCUCGUGAUGUUGAAACGAAAUGUUUGAAAAUUUCAUCGGCUGACACCGAACACAAAUGGGUUAAAACAGCUCAAGAGACACUUCAAACUAAAGAUUUGAUCUUGUAUUCACAAAAAGAUAAGCACAGUGGAGUUCUAGGUCUUGUGAAUUGCUUGCGCAAGGAGUACUUAAAUACUAUUGCGCGUUGUGUUAUAAUUGACGAUAAAACUGCACCCGAUUUUGACCCACAAAAUGAAUUCUAUUCAAGACAACUGUCACUGGGUUUGGCCAUAAAUAUAUUCCGAAACGGUCAAUGGGGUUCAUAUCGUCAUCUUCAGCUAGUUCCAAAUAUUCCCGUUAAACCACAAUCGGGUCUUGUUUUUGCAAAUAUACUUCAUCGUGGAGAUUUGUCCUCACUUAAAUGGCUUCAAGGCCAGGAUGGUCCACAAAAUCGCCGAAUCAAAGUUGUAUAUUCAAGUUUGAACUUCAAGGAUAUCAUGAUUGCGACAGGCCGUAUUUCAGUGGACAUUUUUAGUAGUAACCGUUUGGGUCAGGAUGCAAUUCUGGGUUUUGAAUAUUCGGGUAUUGAUACAAAAACUGGCAAGAAAAUAAUGGGUAUGUGUCCAAAAGCUGCAGUUGCUAAUUAUAUACAAUAUAAUUCGCCCUACACCAUGGAAGUACCCGCACAAUGGUCAUUGCGUGAUGCAGCUACUGUUCCAGCAACAUACUUUACUGUUUACUAUGCAUUCUUCUUUCGAGCUGAUAUUCGAAAGGCAAAGAGUAUUUUAAUUCAUGCUGGAACUGGAGGUGUUGGGCUAUCAGCUAUUCGGGUAGCACAAGCAUAUGGUUUGGAAGUUUUCACAACAGUCAGUACGGUGGAGAAAAAGAACUUUUUAUUAAAAACUUUCCCAAAACUGAAAGAAAGCAACAUUGGUAAUUCGAGAGAUACAUCAUUUGAAACAAUGAUUCGAGAUCAGACAAAUGGCAAUGGUGUUGAUGUUGUUCUAAAUUCAUUGGCCGAGGAAAAAUUAGUUGCAUCAUUAAGAUGUUUGGGUCGUGGUGGUAUAUUUUUGGAAAUUGGUAAAUUUGAUUUAGCAAAUGAUAGUCGUUUGGGAUUGGCACCAUUUUUGAAAGAACUAAGUUUCGUUUCGGUUCUUCUUGACUUGUUAAUGAACCGCGAUGAUCCAGACUUGGAGAAGGGUCUUGUUGAUAUUGUUGUAAAAGACAUCGCUAAAGGUAUUGUAGUUCCAUUACCAACCACAGUCUUUCCAGCUGUAGAAAUGGAACAAGCUUUCCGUUAUCUUGCUAGUGCCAAACAUAUCGGAAAAGUUCUCGUUCAAGUUAAUGAAACACCCGAAUCUCCAACCACACUUCCGAUGUCAGUACUACCUACUAUAUAUUUCAAACCCGACCUUGUGUAUGUCAUACCUGGUGGAUUGGGAGGUUUUGGUUUGGAACUUGUCGAUUGGAUGGUUCUAAGAGGUGCUCGUAAAAUUGUUCUUAGUUCAAGUCGUGGCAUUUCUAAUGGUUAUCAAUCAUACAGAGUACAGACUUGGAAGAGCUACGGUUGUGAAGUUCGUAUUAGCACAGCUAAUAUAGCUGUCCGAAAUGGCUGUGAAGCACUCAUUAAAGGAGCUAUGACUCUUGGUCCUAUUGGUGGUAUAUUUAAUUUGGCAGUUGUCCUUAAAGAUGCAAUUUUUGAAAACCAAAGUGUCGAGCUGUUUAAAGAAUCUUUUGGUCCAAAAGCUAUGGCAACCAAAUAUCUUGAUGAGCUAUCACGCAAGAUGUGUCCACAACUUGAACAUUUUGUAGUUUUCUCCAGUGUUUCAUGCGGUCGUGGAAAUGUUGGUCAAACUAACUACGGAAUGGCCAAUUCAAUUAUGGAACGUAUAAUCGAAGACAGAAUUAAUGAUGGUCUUCCAGGAAAAGCUAUCCAAUGGGGUGCUGUUGGUGAAGUUGGUUUAGUUGCUGCCAUGGCUGAAGAUAAAAUUGAUCUUGAAAUCGGAGGAACCUUACAACAGAGAAUAUCUUCUUGCCUGACAGAGCUUGAUAAAUUACUUUCAUGUCCAGAUCCACUGGUCGCAAGUAUGGUUGUGGCUGAAAAACGACAAGGUCAAGUUGGUGCUGAGACUCUUUUAGAAACUGUUAUGAAUAUUAUGAGCAUUCGAGAUCCGAAAUCAGUUUCAUAUGGAUCGACAUUAUCCGAAUUGGGUAUGGAUUCUCUUAUGGCCGUGGAUAUCAAACAAACUCUCGAAAGGAAUUUCGAUCUCUUCCUUUCGCCUCAGGACCUUAGAGCACUUACUUUCCAGAAAUUAGAAGAGUAUUCUGUUAGUCGCAAAACACAUGGAGAUGAUGAUAAAAUUACACUUGACAUUCAAGACUUUAGGCUACAGAUCACUACAAUGGUUCGCAACAUGGGUGAUGAGAAAAAUUUCGAUAAAACUGUUGUACCAAUUAACCAGGCCAAAAAGGGUAAAUAUUCAGUAUUUGUAUUCUCUGGAAUCGAAUGCUCAUCAGGGCCAGCGUGGAUCAAUUUGGGUAAACAUAUUAAAGUGCCAGCUUUUAUUAUUCAAUUGCAUAAAACUGCCAACAUGACGUCAUUUGAUGAAAUUGCUAAAUUUGCAUUAAAUGAAAUAGUUGCAAUAAUGAAGCCAAAUGAAAGCUACAGGUUGAUUGGUUAUUCAUAUGGAUCGAUUAUAGUGUCUAAAGUUGCCAAUCUUCUAGAAGAACUUGGUUAUCAAGGAAAAAUACUCUUGAUUGAUGGAUCACCAUCGGUUUUAUCAGCACUAUUUAAAUCUUAUAAGGAGGCCCUUGACACAAGUGACAAUCUUGACUCGAUGAUACUUUCGAAAAUUGUUAAUCUUAUUUUACCAGAAGAAAGUAUAGAAAAGACCAUAAAAAUCUUUUCAAACAUUCAUGACUUUGAAGGACGAAUGAUAGCUUUCCAGCAAUAUGUAAGACGUCAGAAAGUUUUUAGCGAACGAUACAUAACAUCGGUUACGAGUGCUGUGAUUCAGCGUACUCGUUUCAUUAGUGAAAUUGAUUUGGCAACAUUUAAACGAUUCAAUGCACCAAUUUGCUUGAUAAAACCUUCUUGUCCACUCAUGUCAAAUGCAUCAAAAGAUUAUGGAUUAAAAUUGUUAACAAAUAAUGAAGUUGCAAUUCGGACAAUCGAAGGUAAUCAUUAUACGGUUUUAGAGAAUCCAGAAUUAACGCAGGCAAUUGAUGAGUUUAUGUUUACGGAUUAAUUGUCUUAUUUAGCUGAAGAAGAUGAUGAAGAUUUUUGUGAUUUAUAUUAAAAAAAAUGUAUAGAAAAUAUUGUUAAAGUUUUGAAUUAAAAGGUUCAAAGGAGAAAAUUAAAAA